AUGUGCCUUUGUACGACUGCGGGAGGACGUAAACUCUGGAUCGUGCCUACAGGAACCGCUGAGGACAACAGUAAGGACGCCUUCUAUGAUGAACUCAAUGCGUUGAUGUCUAAAAUGCGAAGCCAGCAGGUGGUCAUUGUCGGAAUCGACGAAAAUGCAAAGAUGGGACAACAACAAUCCAAUGUGGGAAAAUGGUAUUAUCCAGCGGAGCGCACGUUCGACAGCGGUCAACAGACGGGCCUCAUCAUCGCCUCCACGUUUGAGAGGAAUCAUCGACGCCAUCAGCUCACGUGGCAGGGAGCUGUUUGGGGCGUCGCGUUCGACUCUGACCAUCGUCCACUUCUUCUCAGCUUCAAGAUACGAUUCCACAGGAGAAACCGAGGAGUUCCUCUUCAACCGAAAAUCGACAGGUCAGGUCUGAAAGACGAUGAAUGCAGAAGUAAAUUCCGCCAACAUGUGUCUAUUCAUGUCGGAGUACGGACUAGGAAGAAGCUUAACGAUGCGGAUUCCUUCACAAAGUGCAUCCAGGACGCUGCAAGAGAAACACUCCCGGUUCUAUUGCCGCGGAAGAAGUUUGCUUUUGCAUCUGCGGAAACAAAAUCCACGUACAAUUCUCUAUGUGUCGCGCGCAGCGCUGGAGACGUCAACCAGGAAAAGCGUCUUAGAAGGAAGCUGCGUCGUCAACUGCAACAAGACCGCGGUAACGAGUGGACGUCAAGAGCGAUGGAGUUUGAGAAGGCGUGGGAGGACAGGAACCCGCGGAAAGCCUACGCUGUACUAAAACAGUAUAGCGGCAAAAUGAAAAGAUGUUCUCCUGUGCUCAACACUGCCAAUGGAGUUGCUGUCGGCAAAGCAACCCUUCCAAUUUGGAAGGAACACUUCAAGACCUUGCUGAACCGGCUGGCACCGUCAGCUCCUGAACUCGAACACGUUCACAGACCGACAUAUGCGGUUAACGAGGAGCCACCGACCGAGUCGGAGGUUCCAGUCUGUAUUCAAAAAAUGAAGAAUGGAAAAUCUGGUGGAGACGAGGGGAUUAGCGCAGAAAUGCUGAAAUAUCUUCCUCCGUCUGGGAUUCGUGAAAUGACAAAGAUCAUCCGUUCAAUAUGGAUAGAAAGGAAACGUGAUUCGUGGGGACACGCUAUCAUAAUUCCCCUCCACAAGAAGUUAUCCGUCACGUACCCUAGAAAUUAUCGAGGAAUCUCUUUGCUGCGUGUUAUGUACAAGAGGAUGUCACUCCACGUCGACAAGCCAGAUACUAUGCAAAGAGAACGUCUUCAAAUAAAAGCAAAGGAUCUUAUGCCUUACAAUCUUUACAAACUCGUAUUGAGGCGAAAGAAGAAGGAAGUAGACACGCAGACCAGUCAUAAAGGCUGA